CUUCCAGAUGGUGCUACCCUUGUUCCUGUCAUACUCAGCUCAGAUAAGACCCAGCUCUGCCAAUUUCAAGGUGAUAAAACCGCAUACCCUGUCUAUCUCACUAUUGGCAAUAUCUUGAAGUCUAUUCAUUGCAAGCCAUCCUUUCACACCCAGAAACUUAUUGGAUACCUUCCGACCAUUUCAUUAGAUGCGUUGGAU